AUGCUCUGUCCCUGCUUUUGGUUCUUUAUUAUACCCUUUUUCCAGGAUUUCACCCAACAACCUGGUCAGAUGAGCAGCGAAGGUGAGGAGGAUGAUGAAGAUGAGGCUCAGAAGGACGAUGAUGAAGAUGAGGAGGACGAAAAGGAGGAUGUAGAGGGCAUGUCCAAACAGAGGUUGGAGGAAUCUCUACCGAGUGCUGACAGUCUGCCCGAAGAAUCCGCUCUUGACGAUCUGCACGACGACGCACUGAAGAGACCAGUGAACGCAGCACCAGAAGUCAGUGAGGCUGAAGACAAGACAGAUGACAGCACCCAACCAGCCAAUGGGACAGCAGAAAUCCUCCCUAAGAGCCAAUCAGGCUCCACCAAAAAGCUGUCUUUCUUCAGGCGGCUAUCCAACUCUCGGACACAGCAGGUCCAGGCACAGCCCCCAUCCUUGGCUGAAGCCCAUGGUGACUCACACACACCCCCAGAAAGUAGCCAGUCCUCUAGUAACAAAGGGCUUCGCUCCAGCGCCUGCAGCGUCCUCUGAUACAAAGAGGCCAAAUUGUUGAGAACUCAGACCAGUUGUGAUUUAUAUAUUCCUUUAAAGUUGCUUGAACCACUCUUUCCCUCCAAGUGGACUACAACUGAGCCACCUUGCACACCAGGAUGGUGUUGCACACAUGUUGCUGGUGUGGUUUGGAGCUGAGCCUCAUUGUGUGUGUGUGUGUGUGUGUGUGUGUGUGCGCAUAGAUUAUUUGUUGUGACAUUGUUUUUUUUUUUUUUUUAGCACAUUAGCACUUUUAAACUGUAUGCCAACAGUGUCAAACAACCUGACUAAAGUUUUCAAGCAAUUUUGCUCAAUGUGGUUUUUAUUAUAACUUGAAUACAGUAUAUUAUAUCGUUCACCAGGGGUGUCCAAACAUUUUCCACCGAAAAAAUAAAGAUGCAAGGGGCCACUUUGAUAGAUUAUAUACUGUACAUUAAAGAUUGUAACACCAACCAAUGGUAUGCUGAGAUAUCUGAACAGAACAUCAACAGCUUUGUGUGCAAAUUUGUGUACAGUACUCUCAUUUAUCUCAUUUAUUUAUCACUCAUUUAUUGCAGUUAAUUGGUUCCAGACCCGACCGUGAUAAGUUA